GGGCAUCCGGGUCCCUUGGCCCUGCGGAGCUGGGCAGGUCGGUCCUGACUAGACUAGGAGGUGAGGAGGUGUCGCGCUCUGCCAGGCUGACACGCACCGCGAUCCCUGUGUCCCUGGACAUCUUCAGGAAGGAAUUCGAGUUUUCAGCCUCGGGGUUGGCAGCUCGAGGACUCCUUCGACGUGAGGCUGACCUCGCAGGGCGGCCCGGGACCCCAGUUUGCGGUUUCCCGCAGACUCCCAGUUGUCGGGGUCCUGGGAGCGGCCCGGGGCACCCGGACCCGGAGCACGGCGUUCCCGGGCGAGGGGUUGUCCCGGGCCCCGUCGGGCUCGCUCCUGCUUGUCAGAUCCCUGGGGUCUUUAUUCUGGGUCCCGGUGGCGAGGGACAGGUUGGAAUUAAGAACAUCAAUAAUGGAGCUAGCUCACAGUUUAUUGCUAAAUGAAGAAGCGUUGGCUCAGAUCACGGAGGCAAAGAGACCAGUGUUCAUCUUUGAAUGGUUAAGAUUUCUUGAUAAAGUCCUAGUUGCUGCCAACAAGACAGAUGUAAAAGAAAAACAGAAAAAACUUGUGGAACAAUUAACUGGAUUAAUAAGCAGCUCUCCUGGACCACCUACUCGAAAAUUGUUAGCUAAAAACCUUGCAGCCCUUUAUAGCAUUGGGGAUACUUACACAGUUUUCCAAACAUUAGAUAAAUGUAAUGACAUUAUCAGAAGUAAGGAUGACACUGCAGCCUACUUACCGACAAAAUUGGCAGCAGUGGCUUGUGUUGGAGCCUUCUAUGAGAAGAUGGGAAGGAUGUUGGGCAGCGCAUUUCCAGAAACAGUGAACAAUCUGUUGAAAUCUCUGAAAAGUGCAGAGUCGCAAGGGCGAAGUGAGAUCUUAAUGAGUCUGCAGAAAGUGCUGACAGGAUUGGGUGGUGCAGCAGCUUCCUCUCAUCGCGACAUUUACAAGAAUGCUAGAUCCCUCCUAACCGACAGGUCGAUGGCGGUUCGCUGUGCAGUGGCCAAGUGCCUUCUGGAACUACAGAAUGAAGCUGUGUUCAUGUGGACUGCUGAGCUAGAAAAUAUAGCUACCCUCUGCUUUAAGGCUCUGGAGAACUCAAAUUAUGGCGUACGAGUCGCAGUAUCUAAGCUACUAGGAACAGUCAUGGCUACAGCAUUGAUGCCUAAACAGGCAACAGUCAUGCGUCAGAAUGUGAAGCGAGCAACCUUUGAUGAAGUCUUAGAACUCAUGGCCACAGGAUUUCUGCGUGGAGGGUCGGGUUUCCUAAAGAGUGGUGGAGAAAUGUUGAAAGUUGGAGGGUCUGUUAAUCGGGAAGUGAGAGUUGGUGUGACACAGGCCUAUGUUGUCUUCGUGACAGCUUUGGGUGGCCAGUGGCUAGAGCGUAGCUUUGCCACAUUCUUAUCCCAUGUUCUUGAUCUGGUUUCCCAUCCUCGAGCAACACAAACACAUGUGGAUGCUGUGUACUCAAGGCGAUGUGUCUCCUUCAUUCUGAGAGCCACUGUGGGCAGUUUGUUGGGUGAGAAAGCCCAGAUAGCAGCUGCCAAGGAAAUCUGCCAGGCAAUCGGAAAACAGAUGAAAGCCGUGGAAGCAGUGGUGAAUGAUGCAAGCAGUGAGAACAAAUCUGGGGCAGCAGACAUUGCAGCCAGCCAACACGUCAUGGUCUGUGCCCUGCAGGAGCUCGGGAGCCUGGUGCAGAGCCUGAAUGCCACGGCCUCGCCUCUUAUUCAGGAAGCUUCCAUAGGACUUUUGGAGAUUGUGACUUCAGUGCUUCUUCACCCGAGCAUGGCCGCUCGGCUUGCUGCUGCAUGGUGUCUGCGUUGUGUAGCUGUGGCGCUGCCCUUCCAGUUGACCCCAUUUCUGGACAGGUGUGCAGAACGGCUCAACAACCUCAAGACGUCCCCAGAAGCUGUUAGCGGAUACAGUUUUGCAAUGGCCGCUUUGUUGGGUGGAGUGCAUCAGUGUCCUUUGGGCAUUCCUCAUGCCAAAGGAAAGAUGGUGGUCAGCAUUGCUGAAGAUCUGUUACGAACUGCUGCCCAAAACAGCAGACUGUCCCUGCAGCGCACACAGGCUGGCUGGCUUCUUCUGGGAGCGCUCAUGACUUUAGGACCAUCUGUUGUUCGUUACCAUUUACCCAAGAUGUUACUAUUGUGGCGGAAUGUGUUCCCUCGGUCUUUAAAGGAGCUGGAGGCUGAGAAGGCCCGAGGGGACUCUUUUACCUGGCAGGUAACUCUGGAAGGCCGUGCUGGAGCUUUGUGUGCCAUGAGGAGUUUUGUUGCGCAUUGUCCUGAGCUACUAACUGAGGAUGCGAUUAGGAAAUUAAUGACUCCUAUCGAAUGUGCCAUGACCAUGAUGUCACACAUUCCAUCUGUCAUUAAGGCCCACGGAGCCCAUCUGAAAGCUAGUGCUGCAAUGGUCCGGUUAAGACUUUAUGAUAUCUUGGCUUUAUUACCUCCAAAAACUUAUGAAGGGUCUUUCAAUGCACUUCUUAGAGAGCUAGUGGCAGAGUUCACUCUGACUGACAACUCAGCCAACACAACUACCUCCCUCCUUCGCUCCCUCUGCCACUAUGAUGACAGCGUUCUUCUGGGCUCCUGGCUUCAAGAGACUGAUCAUAAAUCAAUCGAAGACCAGCUCCAGCCGAACAGUGCAUCUGGAAGUGGGGCUCUGGAACACGACCCUUCUUCCAUUUACUUGCGGAUACCUGCUGGGGAAGCCGUGCCGGGCCCGCUUCCUCUUGGAGUCUCAGUGAUUGAUGCAUCUGUGGCUCUUUUUGGUGUUGUGUUUCCACAUGUUUCUUAUAAACACAGGUUACAAAUGCUGGAUCACUUUGCUGAAUGUGUUAAGCAAGCCAAAGGUGUCCGCCAACAGGCUGUGCAGCUUAAUAUAUUUACUGCUGUUCUUAGUGCACUGAAGGGGUUAGCUGAAAACAAGAGCACUUUAGGGCCUGAGGAGGUUCGCAAGUCUGCUCUGACCCUGGUUAUGGGAGCUCUUGACAACCCAAACCCCAUCUUACGGUGUGCAGCAGGGGAAGCCCUCGGAAGAAUGGCUCAGGUGGUGGGAGAAGCAUCUUUUAUUGCCAGGAUGGCCCAGUAUAGCUUUGACAAGUUGAAGUCGGCUCGAGACGUUGUGUCCAGGACUGGUCAUUCACUGGCCCUCGGUUGUUUACAUCGUUAUGUUGGUGGCAUAGGAUCAGGACAACACCUAAAGACCAGCGUCAGCAUUUUAUUGGCUCUCGCUCAAGAUGGGACAUCCCCUGAAGUUCAGACUUGGUCUCUUCAUUCACUUGCCCUGAUUGUGGAUUCUAGUGGCCCAAUGUACCGUGGGUAUGUGGAGCCCACGCUGUCCCUGGUUCUCACCUUGCUGCUGACAGUUCCACCUUCACACACAGAAGUUCACCAGUGUUUGGGCAGAUGCUUGGGGGCCAUCAUAACUACUGUUGGACCAGAGCUGCAGGGAAAUGCAGCCACCAUUUCCACCAUCCGCUCCUCUUGCUUGGUGGGUUGUGCCAUCACCCAGGACCACUCUGAUUCUCUGGUUCAGGCAGCUGCCAUCUCUUGCCUUCAACAGCUUCACAUGUUUGCCCCACGACACGUCAAUCUGUCCAGCCUCGUUCCAAGCCUUUGUGUUCACCUAUGCAGCUCCCAUCUGUUGCUGAGACGAGCGGCUGUAGCCUGUCUCCGUCAGCUCGCACAAAGAGAAGCAGCAGAAGUGUGUGAAUACGCCAUGAGCCUGGCGAAGAAUGCAGGGGACAAAGAGAUCAGCGGUGGUAAUGUCAACCCUUUUGCACCUGGAGUUAGUUCUCGCAGUGAUAUCCAUUGCCGGCACCAGGGUGUUAAUAUAACAGACACGGGGCUUGAGGGACUUCUUUUUGGAAUGCUAGAUCGAGAGACAGAUGGGAAACUCUGCUCUGAUGUCCACGACACGCUGGGGCACAUGCUCUCUUCACUGGCAGUCGAAAAGCUUUCCCACUGGCUAAUGCUCUGCAAAGAUGUCUUAGCAGCUUCUAGUGAUCUGAGUGCAGCAACACUCUUAAGCAGUGGGAAAGACGAAGAAUCUGAGAAGAAAGAUGAGAUGGAUGACGACUCCAUGUUCACCACACUAGGCGAGGAGGACAAAUCAAAGCCUUUUGUGGCUCCUCGCUGGGCCACUCGGGUGUUUGCCGCAGACUGCCUGUGCCGAAUCAUCAACCUGUGUGAGAACGCAGACCAGGCUCACUUUGAUCUUGCCUUGGCACGGUCUGCUAAACUACGAAACCCAAAAAAUGACCUCUUAGUAUUGCAUCUCUCUGACCUGAUUCGAAUGGCAUUCAUGGCUGCAACUGAUCAUAGCAACCAACUGCGAAUGGCCGGGCUCCAGGCGCUGGAAGACAUUAUCAAGAAAUUUGCAUCUGUGCCUGAGCCAGAAUUUCCAGGUCAUGUGAUCCUGGAGCAGUAUCAAGCUAAUGUGGGAGCUGCCCUAAGACCAGCCUUUUCACAAGAUACGCCAUCAGACAUAAUAGCAAAAGCUUGUCAGGUGUGCAGCACAUGGAUUGGAAGCGGUGUUGUCAGCGAUCUCAAUGAUCUCCGGCGGGUGCAUAAUCUACUUGUUUCCUCUCUGGACAAAGUUCAGGCUGGCAAGGGAUCUUCUAGUCAACUAUACCGAGAGAGUGCCACCACCAUGGAGAAGCUGGCUGUUCUUAAGGCAUGGGCAGAGGUAUAUGUGGUUGCUAUGAAUAUUAAGAAAGAAGCUGAGUUAAAACCAAAGAGAGCAAUGAAAAAUACUGAUGAUGAUGACGACGAUUAUGGUGCCAUAGACGAACUGCCUCCAGACAGUUUAAUAACCCUGGUGCAGCCUGAACUGCCGACACUCAGCCGCCUGUGGCUGGCAGCAUUGAGAGACUAUGCACUUUUGACUUUACCAGCUGAGUUUUCCAGUCAGCUUCCCGCAGAUGGGGGAGCAUUUUAUACUCCUGAAACCAUUGAUACAGCAAGACUUCACUACCGGAACUCCUGGGCCCCAAUUCUCCAUGCAGUGGCACUCUGGUUAAACAGCACAGGAUUUAUAUGUCAAGAGUGCACAGAAGCAACAACUGAGUCUGGUGUACAGAAACGCUCCCCAGCGGUCAGUUUAAAGCAGGUUCCAGGAGCAAUGGCUAGUGCGGAAGCCUUGCCAGAAGUUAACAAGGACAGAAUGCACCUGACCCUAGGUGUGAGUAUACAGUUUCUUUGUUCCCCUCGACCAGAGGAGCCCAUUGAACAUGUUACAGCAUGCCUGCAGGCCUUACAUACCUUACUGGGUUCACCUUAUGCACGAAUCCACAUUGCAGAAGAUCAGCUGAUUGGUGUUGAGCUGCUAAGUGUCCUGCACCGCCUGUUACUGACCUGGAACCCACCCGCUAUCCAGCUGCUGGUCACUGGAGUUGUGCAGCAGAUUGUCAGGGCUGCUCAGGACUAUGUACAGGAAAAGAGAAGCGCUCUAAAUGAAGAGGAUGUAGAAAAAGAGUCCUGUCCUACAUUAGGAGAAGGGGGUGACACCGGUGGCCUCAUUCCUGGAAAGUCCCUUGUGUUUGCAACCAUGGAGCUGAUGAUGUUCAUUUUAGUACGGCAUAUGCCACACCUGAGUACCAAGAUGUUGGACUCUCCAAGUCACAUGGUCACGAAAACUCAGCUGUCAGAGGAAAGUGCUCGCUUGGUGGCAGCCACGGUGGCCAUUCUCUCGGAUCUGCCAUCGCUUUGUUCACCGGCUGGAUGUAUGACAAUCCUGCCCACAAUUCUGUUCUUAAUUGCAAGAAUAUUGAAAGACACAGCAAUAAAGUCUGCGGACAACCAGGUUCCUGCCCCAGUCAGUGCAGCUCUUCAGGGAAUAAAAAGUAUCGUGACUCUGUCCAUGGCCAAAACUGAGGAAACUCAGAGACAGUGGACAGCUCUAAUUCGGAGCACUCUUGCCUGCAUCCUGGAAUAUUCUCAACCAGAUGACUGUAUGCCCGCGCCUGAUGAAGCAAGCAUGCUUACAGCCAUUGCGCUCUUCCUGUGGUCUGCCAGCAGUGAAAUAAUAGGAGUGCAGUCCCUGCAGAAUGGCUGCAUGAACAGAUUUAAAAGUGCCCUGAACUCAUAUGACCCAUGGGUUCAAGCCAAAUGCUACCAGCUUCUCCUCUCGGUCUUCCAGCAUUCCAAUCGCGCGCUUUCUACUCCCUACAUCCACUCAUUAGCCCCGCUAGUGGUCGCGAAGCUGAAAGCUGUGGAGAAAAACAGACCAGCCAGUACCACGGAACUUCUGGCUGUCCAAGAAGGAAUUAAAGUUCUUGAAACAUUGGUUGCUCUUGGGGAAGAACAGAACAGAGUCCAGUUACUCGCUCUUCUAGUGCCCACUCUGAUUUCUUACCUGCUGGAUGAAAGUUCUUUUGCCUCAGCAAGUCCGAUCUCCAAAGAUCUUCAUGAGUUUGCACUCCAGAACUUAAUGCAUAUUGGACCUCUGUACCCACAUGCUUUCAAGACAGUGAUGGGGGCUGCUCCUGAACUGAAAGCUCGCCUAGAGACUGCUGUCCGAGCCAGCCAGGCAAGCAAAGCUAAGGCAGCCGCCAGGCAGCCUGCCCCCACCACACAUUCUGCACCAACAAUCAAGCUGAAAACAAGCUUUUUGUAGUGUGCCUUUCCAUUCAUCUGUAUCUAUUUUUUUCUCAAACAUUUACCAUGUUAUAGAUUAACACUAACAUGCACAUAAUAUAUUACAAUGCUCACACAUUAUAAAAUUCAAGAUAUAUAAACUGACACACAGAACAUGUGUACAUUGCAUUCUUAUUACAGAUUAAGACAUGACACUUUCUGAUCUUGUAAAAACAUAGUCAAGAUCAUCAUAACUUAUCAUUUUUAAAAACUGAGUGCUUUGCAUUACAUGGUAAUUCUUUGGUUUUGUUUAAAAUCUUUGUACUUACUAAAAGAAGUAGCUUUUCUACAAAGCUUGAUUGUUUCAUCCAUGAUAGAAGACAAAACUUCCAUUUUAUGAAUAACUACAUAUUUAUGUACAGUAAACCUAUAGGAUACAUAAACUCCAAACUCCGUUAAGACCUUUGCUGGAGGACACGGUGAUGAGAGUCUUAAAAUGAGGCGGAGCCCUCAAGACUGAGAUGAAUGGACACCAAGCGAUCAUACGCAUUGCAAAGGCAUGAGAGAAGUCUGACCGAAUGAGAAACAAGUUGGCAAAACAAAACUGCCAUUAUGAGUCAUUUAAGGUUUUCUUUGGAAGGCUGGCACCCAGAACUCCCAGCACCCGGAUGACUGAGAGCAAGAAUAUGUGCGUUCUGGUGGAUAAGGGCUGACUCGGUCUGCUAGCCAGCUGAGGGAAGCACUGUCUGCUCCAUGCACCAAGCAGCCACCUCUUCCUCUAUCUGAACAGUUUAGCACAGUUGCAGACAAGGACGACAGGAUCGGCUUGUUUGGAAAGAUACUGACCACCUGUCUGGAUCUCCGCCGUGGGUGCUCGAGCUCCCAUGGAGAUGGCUUCGCGAUGGCCGCGGUUAUACUUCUGCUUUGGCUUCUGGCUCCUUUCCAUUGUCCGUCGGACAACAGCUUCAUGGAGCCCCUAAUCCUCCUCCAGUCUGCCUCCUCUCCUCCUCCACCACAGCCCUCCUCCCGCUCCUCCUCCAGCUGCUGCUCCUCUAGCUUCUUCUGCAUGUCCAGGUGCCUCUCAUAGCGCUGCCUGGCUCGCUCUUCCCUCUCUAUCCAGAUGUUUUCCCAUGCAGCUAGAUGUUUUUCUCGUUCCUCACAGCAUUCUCUGGCGAGAUGCUGCUGGUCAGGUCAAAGCAUAGCACAGGGGGAUCUGGUUUAUUCCUGUGUGGUUGUCAGUUUGUCCUGAAACGGAAGUGGGGCGGCUGGGGGCAGUUCUCUUUUCUUGUGCUUUAUGCCAUCAGACGCUAGGACAGCAAAGGCGCACACUCUCAUUUGUAUUUAUAUUUCUUGUAGUUAGUGACUACCCUUGAGCCAUUCCACAUUAUGGAUUGUUUUAUUUGUAUAUUGGAAUUAUAAUGCUUUGAAGUUGAUUAAGUGAAAUAGUGUUUAUACCUCUUACUGAGUUUUAAAAAUCAAGUGGUAAAAUAUUUUCAGUUUUUUCUCAGUAUAUUUCUCUUUUGUUGAUUCUUGUUUGUUGUUCCUGUGGGGUUUUGUUUCUGGUUUUUGGUACAGGUUACUGGACCAGAGCCUUGCUCAGUACUGUAAGCAUGCACUGUACUGAUGGAUGCCCCUGGUCCCUAAUUAAUUUAAUGUUCUUAACUCUAAGCCACAGUCCUUUAACUUUCUUCGAAUAUAAUUUCAUCAUGUAGUUAGUCAGUCAUUGGAUAGUACUAGGAAAAGAAAAUGGGUCAAAUUUUAGCGUUUGUCAUAAAAAACUAAUUGAAAAGCAAACAGAGAAUAAAAUUGGAAAUGGCUCAAAUAACAGAAAAAACUUUGUUUAUGGUAAAUAUCCUAUGAAUAAAAGCACAUUUUCUAGCCAUUCCAUCAAA